AUUUGUUAAAAUCUUUAUAAUCUCGUUAGAGAGCACUCUAGAUUGUGUCAUUGUGGGGAUUCUUUCAAAAGGACAAGCAGUUGGAGGAUUUUUUCGCGAGACAUUGGAUAAAACCUUUGAUUCAACAUGUUACCAAGAAGAUACAGCAAUACCAAGUUACGGAGCAAGGACAAGAUGGGUGCUGAGAAGACCAGUUUCUGUGUUGUCAAGUACAUCUUCUUCGCCUUCAAUGUGUUCAUCUGGCUGAUGGGCUGCGGUGUGCUUGCCCUGGGAAUAUGGCUGCAGUUCAACCGUGGUCCGUUUGUGUCCAUGCUGCCCGCGUACAGUUUCCUGAGUGCAUCUGCACUGUGUAUCACAGCCGGCGCCAUCAUCCUCAUCGUCGGCUUCCUUGGGUGCUGCGGAGCCUUCCUUGAAAACCAGUGCAUGCUGAUCGGGUACUUUGUUAUGGUGCUGCUCAUCUUUGCUCUGGAGAUCACAGCUGGAACCCUGGGAUUUGUCAAGAAGGCAGAGGUGCAGAUGAUGAUUAAGAAGGAGUUAUUGGCCAGCAUCCGGCAUGACUACACCCCCGUCAUGCAGAACCCCAACACAGAAGGCUGGAUGGAGGUCAUCGACUCACUACAGACUGAUCUGCAGUGUUGUGGUGUGGACAACUUCACGGACUGGUACCGCAUCAAGGCGUGGCCCGAUGCCAUGCGCGUCCCCGACUCAUGCUGUCUACACCCGGUUGAGUUCUGCGGGAAACUUGACAAGUCAUUCUGGUUUGAGAGGGGCUGUCUCGGCGAGAUCGAGUACUGGUUUGUACGGAACAUGUACAUCUUGGGAGUCGUUGGAAUUACAGUGGGUGUCAUACAGAUUCUUGCAAUGGUUGCCUCUGUGGUUUUAUUCUGCUAUCUUCGAAGUAAGAAGUUCAUGCUGUAACCUCAGAGACUUAUGUCAUAAAAAGUGCAUUAACUUUGAAAAAAGACUUCCGUGUUCAUCAGCGCGCCAAAGAUUCCUAUCCUUGGUUAGACUGGCUGUACGUCAGAGAACCAACAACCAUGGACCGUCAUUACCAACGAUCUGUAUAUUGUGAGAGUUACCUCCCCUUUGUUUGUAAUAACUCGUCUCAUGCAUACUGCAAAUCAGGAAAUGAAUGUGUUCACAAAUUAAUGCAAGUGAUGACCCUAGCCUAAAAUAGGUCAUGAACUUAAUGCAAGUUUCCCUAACUUUGAAAUUUAAAUACUGAUCAGCAACCAUUAAGACUGUAGAGUGGCGAUAGCAGUUGCCUUCUUUCAGAUUUAAUUUCUCCUUUUUAAGAUAAGUCAGAUCAACGGACGAAGAUUGUAACGGAUUCAAAUGAUUUUUCACAAGUUUUUGUUAUUAUUUAAAUGUGUUAUGUAUUCAUAACAACUGGUGUUACUGUACUGGAAAUAUAUUCGUCCAUGUGCUGUGAACAACACAUGACUUUAAAAUUCAGACAACAAUACAUCACUUUUUAUUUAUCCAAGCAAGGGGCACUUGCAUGUUUUGCAUUAGUUUCAUGAUUUGCAGUAUAUAAUACAAACUUUUGAACAUUAUUUUGGAAGAUUUGUCUUUCAGAACACCUUUUCCCACAUAUAUAUAAACACUGUUUAAUCUUACAGCUUUAUUUACACUAAGUGUAUCAUGAUAACUGUAAGUGGUUUUCGCCCAUUCUACAAAUGGUUGCAGAAAAUUUUAAUUUAUGAUUUAGCCAAAUUUACCCCAUCGUGUUCUUCAGAAAAUAUGUUUCUGUGUACUGAAUUGAACAUCGUCAGAAUGUUUUGAACGGUUGUGUUGUGAAAGAUUGUUUAAGGAUGCUCUAUAGUUCCAUCUGUGGAUUUGCUCAAGCAUAAUGUUCUGCUUGGUAUAUUUUUUGAAUGUUGCAUGUUGUUAUCAGCUACCCCUUGUUUGUUCAUUUUGAGAUAUUUUAAUUACCAUAUUCCAUGUGUGAAGUGCUCCAGGAGUAAAAUGUUCCAAAAGUGUUAUAAGUGGAUGAAACUUCUGAUGAAUACUGAAUAAAUAAUUAUGUUGUUUAUUAGAUGAUUGACUGACUGACCAAUGUUAAAUAACUGAAAUUAUAAAAGAAAUCACUUUUGACAAUUAUUUUGGGGUCUGACUGUGUUUCAAAAUUUGGUAGCAGUCCAGGAGUGUGUAAUAUAAGGGUAACGCUAUUUUCCAGGGCAUUAUCAUUUGCAGAAGCCCAAGGUCUUCCA